AUGGGCAAGCCUCUCAUGCGCAUCCCCUACACCGAGCUCUUUGCGCCGCCGACCCUGAUCCCCCGCAACGCAAACACCCUCCCCGGCGCCGUCGCCGCCCUCGCGCGCUUCCUGACGGCGCCGGUCGCCGACGGCCGGUCGCCGACGACCGUCAUCCUGUCGGGCGCCGGCCUCUCCGUGUCGAGCGCCUCGCCGACUACCGCGGCGCAAGGGCACGCCCACCCGCACAUGCCGACCCUCGAGCUCCACGGCUACCUGCGCAACACGGUCUGCGUCACCUGCCGCAGCGAGUUCCCGCGCGAUGCGUUCCAGGCCGAGCUCGCGCGCCUGAACCCGGCCUGGGCCGCCUUUCUCGAAGAGGUGCUCGCGUCGGGCGCCCUCGAGACGGAGGACCCGGACGAGCGCCGCGCCAGGGGCAUGCGCACCAACCCCGACGGCGACGUCGACCUCCCCGGCGCCCCCUACACGACCUUUCGCUACCCGGCGUGUCCGAGCUGCCUCGCGCACCCGCCGCCACGAGCUGAUGCGGACGGGGAUGGCAGGGCUGCAGGGGCUCACGUCGUCGAGGUCGACGGCGACGGCGCGUGGAAGCCGGGCCGCAGCACGGCAGGCAUCCUCAAGCCGGCCGUCGUCAUGUUCGGCGAGAGCAUACCGGACGAGGUCAAGGCGGCGGCCGAGGCGGCCGUUGACGGCGCCGGGCGGCUGCUCGUGCUGGGGACGUCGCUGGCGACCUUUUCGGCGUGGCGCAUCGCCAAGCGCGCGCUCGACCGCGGCAUGCCCAUUGCCGUCGUCAACGUCGGCGGCGUGCGCGGCGAGGAGCAGCUCUUUGCCGGGGUCGACUGGAAGCAGACGGGCGAGCAGCGGGUGCGCGUCGAGCUGUCGACCGACAAGGUGCUGCCGGCUGUCGUAGAGACGCUGCGCAGGACCAACGGCGGCCCUGGCGUCAAGGCGAGGAGAGAGGUGGCGGCGGCGGCGGCGGCGCCCGAGGUGACGAGGGGGAACCAUGGGGCGUUCAAAGACAUGUUAUCAUAG